CAACAUUAUACUUACACUUUUCAUUACAAUUUCCACUUUAAUUAAUUCUCAUUCUUUAUAGAACCUUCUCCAACACCACACUUCACUUCCACUCACUACUCUUAUCUCUAAUCUUCAAUGGAAACCAUUCCUCUCUUUGUGAUAUGCUUUCUCAUACAACUCUUCACAUUCCAAACUCCCACACGUGCCACCCUCCCCGGCACGUGGGAGCUUCUAGUCCAAAACGCAGGUAUAGCCUCAAUGCACACAACAGUAACACGCUUCAACACCGUUAUCCUCUUAGACCGAACCAACAUCGGUCCAACCCGUAAACUCCUCCCAAAAAACCAUUGCCGGUUCACCAAAACCAAACCGGAUUGUUACGCCCAUUCAGUCCUCUUCGACCCCAUAAAAAACCAACUCCGUCCCUUAAAAAUCCUCACCGACACAUGGUGCUCGUCCGGUUCAUUUCUCCCAAACGGUUCACUCUUACAAACCGGUGGUGAUUUAGACGGGUUUAAAAAGAUCCGAAUAUUCAACCCGUGUGAUUCAACCGGGUCUUGCGAUUGGGAAGAGUUAAACGACGUCGAAUUAAGCGAAGGUCGUUGGUAUGCGACGAAUCAAAUUCUUCCAGAUGGUUCCAUCAUCAUCAUCGGUGGAAGAGGUUCAAACACAGUUGAAUUUUACCCGAAACGCGAAAACGGUGUCGUUUUGUUUCCGUUUCUACAAGAAACUGAAGAUACACAAAUGGAUAAUUUAUACCCGUAUGUUCAUCUCCUUCCUAACGGUAAACUUUUCGUGUUCGCGAACACGAAAUCGGUUAUGUAUGAUUUUAACGAAAAUCGUGUGGUUCGGGUUUACCCGGAGUUAACGGGUGGACCGAGAAAUUAUCCGUCGGCGGGGAGUUCGGUGAUGCUGGCUUUAGAAGGUGAAUUUUCAGAGGCGGUGGUUGUUGUUUGUGGCGGUGCUCAAUACGGUGCGUUUCUUGAACGGAAUACGGAUAUUCCGGCGCAUGGGAGUUGUGGGCGGAUAAUGGCAACGGGAUCCGACCCGGUUUGGGAAAUGGAGGAUAUGCCGUUUGCGAGAAUUAUGGGUGAUAUGGUAAUUUUACCAACCGGUGAUGUUUUGAUUAUAAAUGGAGCUAUGAAAGGUACACAAGGUUUUGAAAUGGGUUCGGAUCCGUGUUUGAAUCCGGUUUUAUAUCGACCUGGUGAACCGGUUGGGUUACGGUUUAUGGUUUUGAAUCCGGGUACUGUGCCGAGACUUUAUCAUUCAACGGCGAAUUUGUUACCGGAUGGACGGGUUUUACUAGCGGGUAGUAACCCGCAUGUGUUUUAUCGUUUUGUGGAUGUUGAGUUUGCGACAGAGUUAAAAAUUGAAGCAUUUUCACCGGAGUAUUUGGAUUCGGAUAAGGCGAAUAUUCGACCCAAGAUAUUGGAAGUGCCUGAGACAGUGUUGUAUGGUGUAGGAUUUGAUGUUGUUGUGAGCGUGCCUUUGCCUGUUGUGGGAAUUAUUGAAGUGAAUUUAGGUAGUGCUCCUUUUGCUACACAUAGUUUUUCUCAAGGUCAACGAUUGAUCAAACUUGGGGUUGCCUCUGCGAUGGUCGAUGGUGAUCAGAGGUGGAGGAUCCGAUGUACAGCCCCACCAAGUGGGAUGGUUGCGCCGCCAGGAUAUUAUAUGUUGUUUGCUGUUAACCAAGGUGUGCCAAGUGUGGCACGUUGGAUACACAUGUCAUAGCAUGGAUAAUUUUUAUGUCGACCAAGAGACGAAGUGGCAAAAUUCACAAACACAAUUGUAAGAUUUUGAAUUCGUGUGAAUAAUGUUCAUUUGUCAAUUGUGAUAUGUCUUACGAACAUUUUAUUUUUUAAUUUAAGCAAAUGUAAUUGUAUUUAGAUUAUUUUAAGCAAAUGUAAUUGUAUUUAGUUUUUUUUUUUUCCAA